AUGGCACGUGAAAAAGCGGAUUCGCAAAUGGUAGAAUUUUGGAUGAAAAACGAGACUGCAAAGCCAGCUGCGCUCGGAGGGAAUCAGAUGGGAUUUUUCCUCAUGUGGCUUCGAUUUGAAGUGCGCGAAAAGCGAAAAGCUGCUAUGUUAAACAGACAACCUUUGGAAAUCGAGGGUCUGUCAACAGACAACGAUGACAAUCCUAUCAAAAUCAAAGUCAACGAUCAGAUCAUCUCGUUACAGGGCAUAUUCCGUCCUUUGAGUAACUACUAUCCCUUACCCUUCGAGAUGAAAGGAGAGCGAUAUCGCUCAGUUGAACAUUAUGCGUAUGAAAAGCUGUUCAUAGCGCUCAAAUUGGAUGACAAAAGCAUAGAAAAGAUCCAGACCACAGUUUUGCCAGCAGAUGUUGCAAUUAUGGCUAGAAGAUACUUCAAGAAACAUGAGAUUCCCGACUCCGCUGUUGAAGCGAAAAUGGCAAAAAUGGAUAGGUGGAGGCAAUCUGCCAUGAAACACAAGAUUGCACAGAAUGAAUAUCUGCAACAGCUCUUGCUCAGUACUGGAGAUGCGCUUCUUAUUGAUUGCUGCGGUGCGUUAAUCAAAGGCGAUCCCAUGUGGACUUGCGCUUCGUCUGAGAGGGAGAUGCAGCGAUUGUUGACUAAACCAUAUGUUGGACCAGCCGAUCUCAUCAAGUGGAUGAGGAAUAAGGAUGACAAAACUCCGAAGACGCUUGCUCAUCUUGUUGGUAAUAAGACUGGAUUGUUACUUAUGGAACUUCGUGUUAAGCUAGCAUCACAAACAGAAAGUCGAAUUCCAUUGAUAUCUCACUUCAAUACUGCGAGCCUGUCGUCGAUUGUUAGCGCAAAUGUGAUUUGUUUCACCGCCGAGUCCGUUUUUCAUCCGCUCUAUCCUGCAGAAAUUCGUGUCAUUGAAGGACAACCGCUCUUUGCUUCACCAGCUCAUUUUGUAGCGAGUCAGGCAGUGAAGUAUCUUGGAUUCAACACAGAGGACUCUGAGUACGUGAUGGAAACGGAGUCUUCACUAGAAUGUUGGGAACGUUUACACGAAACUAUAGAAGCUAAAGGUCGUGGUCUUGAGAGAGAACAGAGUUGGUGGAUGGAACGGAGGCAGAAGGCCAUAAAAGACGCCCUUGCUCUUCUGUUCGAGCAACAUCCUCCUCUUCUGCGAGCGUUAUUAGAUACAGGCGAUGCUAUGCUAGUUUACUGUGCAAGAUUUUGCUCUAUGGAAACUGAAUUAUCUAUUGGAAUGCGUGAGUCUGAUCUUCGAGCAUGGCUUUAUACUGUAGACAUCUCUAGCAAGCAGGUGAGUAUCUUCUUUCUGUGGGGUCGCCGGUCUAUCUAG